CUGUCCGCAGUCUCUGCUCAUCCCUGUACUGUCCGCAGUCUCUGGUCAUCUCCUGUACUAUGUCCGAAGUCUCUGGUCAUCUCCUGUACUAUGUCUGCAGUCUCUGGUCAUCCCCUCUACUGUGUCCGCAGUCUCUUGGUCAUCCCCUGUACUGUCCGCAGUUUCUGUCUCUGGUCAUCUCCUGUACUAUGUCUGCAGUCUCUGGUCAUCCCCUCUACUGUGUCCGCAGUCUCUUGGUCAUCCCCUGUACUGUCCGCAGUUUCUGUCAUCCCUGUACUGUCCGCAGUCUCUGGUCAUCUCCUGUACUGUGUCCGCAGUCUCUGGUCAUCCCUGUACUGUCCGCAGUCUCUGGUCAUCCCCUGUACUGUGUCCGCAGUCUCUGGUCAUCUCCUGUACUGUUUCCGCAGUCUCUGGUCAUCUCCUGUACUGUUUCCGCAGUCUCUGGUCAUCUCCUGUACUAUGUCUGCAGUCCAUUGGUUCCGAAUAUUUAUUUUCCUGUUUUC